AUGUGUCGCGUGUUCAAAGCUAAUAAUGACCCAAUGCUCUUCUGGAGUUUUUACAGGCUCUUCCACAUUUGGAUGUUCUUAUAUUUUCACCAAGGGCAACCCAUCCGUUAAAGUCCCAGUGAAAGGCUGCUCUGCACACUGCAACUCAACGGUCACGAUUCCAGCGUGCUGUAAAGGUUUCUACGGUCCAGACUGCAGACCGUGUCCAGGUGGAUACCAGAAGCCCUGCUCCGGACACGGGCAGUGUUCGGAGGGGGUUUCAAGAAAUGGAACGUGCAGCUGUGAACCGAACUUCAGCGGCUCACGCUGUCAGUACUGCUCCUCCUCCAACAAAUAUGGACCAAACUGUGACAGAACCUGCCCCUGUAUCCACGGGCAGUGUGAUAACCGUCCGGAUUCAGACGGUCGGUGUAAAGUGGACUCGUGUCAGCAGGGUUACACCGGUCCUUUGUGUGAUCGACAGACGGCCGCCUGCGGUGCUCAGGCUCAGUUUUGCCACGCACAUGCUGACUGUGACUUCAGCCAGGGAACAGUCAAGUGUAUUUGUAAAACUGGUUUCCAAGGUGAUGGCAUCACCUGUGUGGCGUCUGACCCGUGUGCUCCACCCCACCGAGGUGGCUGCAGCCUGAAC